AUGCAGACUUUGGGUCUUCGUCUCCUACGCUGCAGGGCCUCAAUGGCGGUCAAGAGCCCCGAUGGCCAUCGUAUGACGCCGGUCAUUCUUCCGAGGUCAGUGGUCUCGGACAAGGGCAUGACUUGUGAGGCUGUUGGUGUCCUGGCAAGUCCCUGGCAGUGCGCGGCGCGCGGGGCGGGAGCUGGACGGGGCUAG